AAGUCAACGUCAAAGAACCCCAUCCCCCAUUCCAAUUAUCACCAAGCCCAACACUCCCACGAACAUCAACGAGAGCCCGUUCAGAAUAAGUUCUUCUAACCCUCAUCACCCCUUACCUACCGAAUAGUUUCGACAAUCUACCCCGCCCGCUGACCGCCGAGAUGGACAGCCUUGUGGCCAAGUACAGCCGCCCGGCGUUCGAGCAACACAACACCUUCAGAGACGAUGAGCAGGAGGACCUUGAGCUCCUGGGUGGAGCGCCGCCGCUGUCAUUGAAGUUUGCUAUGCCCCCCGUCGCACAUCCCUCCUCCUGGCUCCGCGCAGCAACAGACGACCGAGCCAACCCCGACUGCCCCAUCAAGAUUGCCCACGGCACAACGACCCUCGCCUUCCGUUUCCAAGGCGGCAUUAUCGUCGCCACCGAUUCCCGUGCGACUGCCGGAAACUGGAUUGCCUCGCAAACAGUCAAGAAGGUCAUUGAGAUCAACUCAGUGCUCCUGGGCACCAUGGCCGGCGGUGCCGCUGACUGUCAGUACUGGCUUGCAUGGUUGGGCAUGCAGUGCCGCCUGCACGAACUCCGCCACAAGCGCCGCAUUUCCGUCGCCGCGGCGUCCAAGAUUCUCGCCAACCUCGUCUACUCAUACAAGGGCAUGGGCCUCAGCAUGGGCACCAUGUGUGCCGGCGUUACGAAGGAGGAAGGCCCCGCGCUGUACUACGUCGAUUCAGACGGCACUCGUCUGCCUGGCAACCUCUUCUGUGUCGGCAGUGGUCAGACUUUCGCCUACGGUGUUUUGGACGCCGAGUACCGCUACGACUUGACCGACCAGGAAGCUCUCGACCUUGGUAGCCGAAGUAUUCUUGCCGCUACGCACCGUGACGCCUACUCUGGUGGUUUCAUCAACCUCUACCACGUCAAGGAGGAGGGCUGGGUCAAGCACGGCUUCAACGACACGAAUCCCAUCUUCUGGAAGACGAAGCUGGAGAAGGGCGAGUUCACCAACGUCACUGCCGACUUGGACUAGAUGUCGGUGGAGAAGGACAGUGAUUUGGUGCCGCUGAAGUCAUACGUGUCGUGGGGUUCCUUCCAGAAUCCCGCUUUCAGCCAGUCUCCAGGCGAAAGCCCGAGACCGAAUCUCGCUCCAGUGCCGCUUUUGCCGGGACAGAGCGAUAUAUCCCACCUAUCACUAUGACGUGCUAGGAGACAAGAAGAUUUUACUACCUCGCACACGAAUGAAUAGAACGGUUAUGACAGGCAAAUCGAGCGCAGUCGCGGAAUCGAGCAUGGCUUGUCAGGUUGUCCCUUUCGACGUCUACACUCUCAAGGGAGAGUGCAGGUGUUGUGUAACUUGUACACUAGAUUAUGAUACAAGUUCAUUCUCACGCUUCUUCUACAUUGUUGUUACAGGUGAUUCUAAAACCAAAAAAGGGGUAUCAUAAGAUUUUAAUGUUCUCUUCUUCUCCACCCAGGGACACCCAGGAUCCCACCCUCUUCGCUGGACGGGUCAAUCGACCACUUGCGCUCGGGAUGUACGGAAAGUGAACUUUCCCAGCCA